AAAAAGGUAAAAACUUUAUUUGAUUCACUAAAUAUAAAAUUAAACGUUAAAAUACUUAACCAUUAACCUAAAAGGAUCUUGAUCUUUUAGUUAAUAAAAAAAACUAUAGUUAAAUAAUUAGCUUAGCUUUUUUUUACUGUUAAUGUAUUAAUUUCAUAGUACCUAUUUCAUUGAUUUCCAGGCAGUUGCGCUGUAGGUGAUGUGGUGUACAUGGGUGGUGACGAGUUCCCUGGUUCUGGUCCGUGCGAGCGCUGUUCGUGCAUUGCUGGUGACGUCAAGUGUUCCCGACAGCGCUGCGAGCCGCGGCCCGGCUGCAAGGCGCUGCACCGACCAGACCAGUGCUGCCCGACAUAUCAAUGUGAAUGUGAGCAAGAUGGUCGCACAUAUGGUAAUGGUGAGAAAUUGGUGGACCCAGCAGACCCGUGCCGCGUCUGUUAUUGCCAGGGUGGUGAGGUGGUGUGCAGACGGAUAGCUUGCUUCCGAAGAGAUGACUGCCAGCCGCGACUUGUUCCCGGUCGAUGCUGUCCGGAAUACGACAACUGCCCACUCAGAGGAGUGACAACUAUUCCUGGUAUUGCGCCAACUUCUUCGAGUAUAUCCUCUAUCGAUAGUGAAGAACCUAGCGCUGUUCCUCCCGUAUCUAAAGAAAACCUAAAACAUGAAAUCACCAUCAAAGAAAUAACUCCUGUUUCGGAAAUACCAGUUAUUACAGACGUUAAGAUAAAAGAAAUUCUCCCUUCGCCUAGCAUAGAAGUGGCUGAGUAUUCUUCAUCCAAAUCUCCACUCAUCCCUAGAGAAGCCACAUCUGAGAAGAGUCCGAACAGUCAGCAAGAGUUAACAGAGCGCCCUGUAAUAAUUGAAAUUCAUCCAUCUUCAUCACCAGUAUUUAUAGCGCCUUCGUCUCCUGAAAUUGUAGCCUCAUCGAGUGAAAUUUCAGAAGUGAAAACUACUCAUGAUUUAACACCCUCCAAAAUAAGCCUGUCGACACAAGAUUCAACCAAUAGUGAAAUUUAUCCAUCACAAGAGCCAGUUUUGGGAACUGUAGGAUCACCAUCUGUUAUUCAAGAAGUUAUUCCAGUUGCCACAACCACAAAGCCUCCUAUUGUAUUAGAGGAAGAUGACCAAUCUCUUUUCGAACAUAAUCCAGCUUUCCCCCCUAUCCCAGAUGAUUUAUCACUAUUGGGUAGUCAUCAAGAUGAAAUUAAUUCUGAUCCAAUUGUAGAAGAUCACGUAUCUAGCAGUCAUGAUGUGGUGAGUGUAACAAGCACCACAACCGAAUCUCAUAUUGUAACGGAAAGUCAAAGCACAACUUUGAAACAUAAUACUGAGACAACGACAUCAGCGUCUACUUCCGAAAUUGUAAGUAAAGGGACAGAACCAGGUACUACGUCGUUUACGUCAUCUCCCAAACAAAGCCCAAUGCUUAAUUUACGUUCAGCUAUUCCUACAGAAAUAUUAAAUGUACCUUCUUAUGCUCCUGAAGAUAUUAAUGGAGAACUUGAUGAUGUCAACGAAACAGCAUCAAUUUCUGAACAGACUCCACCUGCAACCACAACUGAGAAUAUUGGUAAAACUGAUGGAUCGGUUUCCACAGAAAAGUCUACACCUAACGUUGACAAAGUUUCCACAAAUCUUAGUAUUCCGGGUAUUAAAAUAUUAGAAGUUACCACAGCUCAAAACGUAGAUAUAUCCAGUACAAAAAGUAUAAAUGAAAAACCAACCACUUUUGUGGCCAAAUCUAAUACAGCUACUGAAAUAACAGCCCAAACGGAAUUCAGUUCAUUGCCUAUUGAAACUAGUGAUCAAAAUCCAUCUGAAGAAAUUGGGAAGAACAAAGUAUCGACAUUAUCAGCAGAGACUACUGUUAUGGAUGUGGCUCCAACGAAUUUGUCGCCUGUCGAUGGAGAAGAAAUUACGGCUUCGAAAGAAAUCACAGCAAAUACUGAAACUCAACCUCUUGAAAAUAUAGAAACUACUGAUUUUAUAUUAACAUCCAUCGGUUCAUCAGAAACGGCAACAGAUGCAGCAAUCGAAGUAAUCAAAGUAUCUCCUGAAGUAGGUAAAAAUGCCGCUAUCAUAGAAUCGAGCGAAGGAAAGAAAAAUAAUGUUUUGAAUGACCUUAUCAAUCUUGUUGGAGACGUAGCGUCUAUCAGAGACCAUAAUGAUAGCACUGUCGGACCUCAGCAUGUGACUAGCGCUCCGAGUAUUUCUGAAUCGGAAGAACUGAUCCCAGUAAAUGCUGGCUACAAAAGUAAAAAUAAUAAUUGGAACGUAAAUUCUAUUACUGAAAUUCCAAAAGUAAAAAAUUCAGGCCCAGUUAUUAAGCAAAAAGUAAUCGAGAUAGAAGAUGAUGAAUCUGAAAGUCUUACUGACUCACCACCCCCCAAUGACAAAGUCGAGCCGACUACACGAAGACCCAUCAUCGAUAAUGUUUCGGAUGACAAACUGGAAAACCAAACUGAAUCAGAAAAAGAUAUAGAAAUAAUCCCUCAAACUUUUGUGCCUUCAGUAGACAGGAGACCUACUAAAGUUGUUAUGAAAAAGAAUAACGAGAAACCCCUUUCCGAUAACGAUUCCAUCGGAGGUCAUACUGCAACGUCGUCGGCAGCCACUGUUGACGGAAACGAUUCUUCUUCAUCUAGCGAAUUUACAACGCCAUCUGAUGUUGAAAUCACAUCCACAGAAAGUAAAACCAGUACCGAAGAUGUUGCAAGCACGUUUUCAAGCUCAACAGCGCAGUGAGAGCCUUCACCGGCUGCAGUCGAUGGAACCUCAGCUUUUCAGCAUUUUGUAGUGAAUAAGUUUCGUUAUUGAAACUAUAAGUUAAAGUAACCACUAUUAGAUUUACAGUCGUAUACAUCAAACCGAUCAGAAAAUUAGUAAGUCAAUUAGGUGUCCGGACGCGAUAUAGGCUCGUGGCUGGCUAUAUAUACUUUUAAUUUAAGUAGACGACCAGUGAUCACUGGUCCAAUUAAUUAUGUGUAUUAGCUGGACAAAUUAUUUAUAAUAGUUUAGUUUUAGGGAACGUGAAACGCCGGUCGGACGCGAGACGCGUCUACCGCAAUGUGUCAAAUUAUGAAAGUGAAGUAUUAGUGGAUAGAUCUUCGUGUUAGCGUAUAAGUUAUUUAUUUGUUUAGUGAGAGAUCGUGAGUAGAGUAAUCGAUAAGUAAGCAACUAAGCUAGUCAACAAGUGACUCCGCGGUAUUCCGCAACACGUUGCCAUUACUAGCGCAUACUCCGCCGCGUGCGCGGGCGCAACUCUGUUUACUACAACGUCGAUUAAGAACAAACUCAACUUGUAUAGAUGUUAACAGAAGCUCAUGCCGAAAAUAUAUUAUUAUAUUAAUGAAACGUAACAAAAUUUGGUACAAAUCGAAUUUGAUAUUUAUAGAUUUAACCAUACCUUAUGAACUGUAAUUAUAAAAGUAGAUCUAGUUGGUAUAGAUAAAUUGAUUGUGAUCGCACAUAAAUUUAAUUUAUUGCACUCGAUGGCGCCGUAUUUAUGUUGGGUUAGUAGGAGAGGCUCAUGUCGGGAUGGUUGGCCGACGCCGGCUGCGGCUUCUUGCUCCGGAAGACUGUAUCUUUUCCCGGGCAAUAAGCGCUCGUGCUCACUGUAUUAUUUAAUUAUCCAAUUAUUGUUUUUUUUACAAAUAAAAAAUUCUAGACUGAUAUGAUGUCCUUUUUUUCACAUCUUACCUGCGAAUCU